UUAGUGGUGCAACGAUCAUCACAGGAGGAGGAAAGUAGGUCAGUGUAUUCCUACUGCCUACCACUGUUCGUAUCCGCAUCAGUACACAUGUGCUGCCUUUCCACACGUACUGUGCCUGUCGAUGGAUCUGUGAGAAAAAGCCCAGCUCUGACAUAAGGAGGCCAGUCCACUUCCUGCACCACUCAUUCAGCCUGGUUCUUAGAAUGCUCUGUUCUGAGUAAAGGAGCCUACUGAGAAACGGACAGCUUGACUUACAUAGCACACAUAGGCCAUGUCAUUACAGGAGCCAAGCCUGAGCUUUCCAGGACGGCACACAACAGAAGGGAAUUACAGACAGCCUUACAGCGCUAUGAUGAUGCUGCUGAGUGCACAGGACACUCUGUUUCAUCUGAACGUGACAGAACGAUGAGAUCACGCCAGGGGAGUGGCGUAAAUAGGAACCCAACAGUGACAUAGCAUUAAGAACCUUAUGAAAGGGAGAAGUUCUUGCAGGGCAGACAGUAUCAUAGUGCUGUGUAAGCUAACCAUGCGUAUCCAGCUGAGCUGACACAUUGUAGAUUCACCCUGACCCUGUUACACGUAGUUCUGCUUCUUCCCUACUUCUCCUCAUCGGAUCAAGGUUUUUGUUUCCGCACAGCUUAAAUAUAAACAUUUUUGUCACUUAGAUACCAUAGAGGUCAUGUGCAUUAAAACAUUAGAAAUGAUCAGAAUCCAGCUUAGUGAUCUUCUAGUGUUGUAACAUGGAUGGUGUUGAGUGUUACUGAAUAUGUGAAUGCCAUGGAGAUGUUAAAAUGAUACUAAAGUAUUUUCAUUAGACUGAUGAGCAGUGGAGUGGUGGUGUGAGGAGAGUUGUGACCUGCAUGCUAUCAGUGGGUUAUGUGUAGCAGAAAAGGUUCCCUAAUUGGCAAGCAUUCAAGAAGUUCCUGCACCACUGUAUCCGGGCAACCAGAGAUUUGUCACAACUAGCUAAGCUGACCUUAAAAUAGGUUUUCCUUUUUCUCCUUUUUUUGUCAUUACGAGUGAGAGCUUUUGUGUUUGAGUAUACACUGAGCAUACCAAACACUAUGAACACCUUCCUAAUAUUGAGUUGCACCCCCUCCCCUUGCCCCCAGAACAGCCUCAGUUUGGACUCUACAAGGUUUCGAAAGCGUUCCACCGGGAUGCUGGCCUGUGUUGACUCCAAUGCUUUCCACAGUUGGUGGUGGAUCAUUCUUGAUACCCACAGGAAACUAUUGAACAUGAAAACCCAGCAGUGUUGCAGUUCUUGGCACAAACCGAUCUGGGUCACUGCUGGAAAGAAACUGAGUGAGAUGUUUUGAGGAUAACCGGCCUAAUGAAUAUUUGUGGUGAUCUAAUGGCAGACCAAAGAAUGGACAUUUCCUCCACGAUGAACGAGUUCUUGUCUCCCGGCUCCACUGAUCUAAUCAGCUCGAUCAGCACACCCGGCAUGGACUUCACACGCAAGAGAAAAAGCAGCACCACAGACUACCAAAUUGAUGACUUUUCUUUUGAGGAUAGCAUGGACACAGACAAUGAUAGACUUGGUGAUCAUCAAGGCCGGAUAAAAAAUGCCAGGGAGGCCCACAGUCAGAUUGAGAAGAGACGCAGGGACAAGAUGAACAGCUUCAUAGACGAGCUGGCCGCACUAGUGCCUACAUGCAACGCUAUGUCCCGGAAACUGGACAAACUAACAGUCCUGCGCAUGGCUGUCCAGCACAUGAAGACCUUAAGAGGUGCUGCUAACCCCUACACUGAAGCUAUCUACAAACCAGCCUUCCUGUCAGACGACGAACUGAAGCACUUAAUACUGAGGGCAUCUGAUGGCUUUCUGUUUGUUGUUGGCUGCGAUCGAGGGAAGAUACUGUUUGUUUCGGAGACAGUCUACAAAAUUCUAAACUUCAGCCAAAAUGACCUGAUUGGCCAGAGCCUAUUUGAUUACCUGCAUCCUAAAGACAUUGCCAAAGUCAAGGAGCAGCUGUCCUCAUCGGACACGGCGCCGCGGGAGCGCCUCAUCGAUUCCAAAACUGGCCUUCCAGUAAAGACAGAUAUCACCCCCGGCCCAUCCAGACUUUGCUCUGGAGCCAGGCGAUCCUUCUUCUGCAGGAUGAAGUGCAAUCGGCCCCUCAUCAAAAUGGAGGACAAGGACUUUCCUUCCACCUGCUCCAAGAAGAAAGCUGACCGUAAGAGCUUCUGCACAAUACACAGUACUGGCUAUCUGAAGAGCUGGCCGCCCACCAAGAUGGGGCUGGAUGACGACAAUGAACCGGACAAUGAGGGCUGUAACCUCAGUUGUCUGGUGGCCAUUGGAAGGCUGCAUCCCCACAUUGUCCCUCAGCCAAUGAACAAUGAGAUCCGUGUCAAGCCCACUGAGUAUGUCUCGCGCCAUGCCAUCGACGGGAAGUUUGUCUUUGUUGAUCAGAGGGCCACUGCCAUUUUGGCUUAUCUACCUCAAGAGUUGCUUGGUACAUCGUUUUAUGAAUACUUUCAUCAAGAUGACAUAGGGCACCUUGCGGAAUGUCAUAGACAAGUGCUCCAGAUGAGGGAGAAGAUCAAUACAAACUGCUACAAGUUCAAAAUAAAAGACGGCUCCUUUAUCACGCUGAGGAGUUGCUGGUUCAGUUUUAUGAACCCUUGGACCAAAGAGGUGGAGUACAUUGUCUCCACCAACACUGUCGUCUGCGGCAGCGUGCCUGAAGGAUCUGAUGGCAUCUAUCCUCAGCUCGCCGCCUCCCCCCAGAGCAUGGAUAGUGUACUCACAGACGGAACCGGGAAGCGGGCCCUUCAGACUGUGCCUGGCAUCCCCGGUGGCACAAGGGCAGGGGCGGGAAAGAUCGGCCGGAUAAUCGCAGAGGAGGUGAUGGAGAUCCAGAGGAUAAGAGGCUCCUCGCCCUCCAGCUGUGGCUCCAGUCCUCACAACUUCACCAGCACUCCACCCCCAGACAUAUCAUUCCCAGGCGGAAAGAAGAUACAGAACAGUGGAACCCCAGAACAUCCCUCAGCAGGGCUGAUACCGGGACCAGACUCCAUAGGCUAUCCAUACUCCAACAACUCCAAUCUAAGUGAUAACUCUCACAUUGGCAUUGACAUCAUGGAUGAGCCAGGCUCCAGUAGCCCGAGUAAUGACGAGGCAGCCAUGGCUGUGAUCAUGAGCCUUCUGGAGGCAGAUGCAGGGCUGGGAGGCCCAGUGGACUUCAGUGACCUGCCCUGGCCACUGUGAGGACUGUCAGGCUUAGGCAAGGCCUCCUAAAUGAGCUGAACAUGGUGGAGAAGGGGCUGGGUGUUACAGUAUUCACAUUAUGUCAGUUUGUGAACGGUACCAGAGAGCCAUAUCAACAGGGCUAAUGUGACUGUAGCCUCACAGUAAGGCUGAAUGCAGGUGGGCCCUGAAAAGGAAGGAAUACUAGGUCUGGGGUCGGUCAUGGUGUACAGUCCGCCUCAGUGCGGUUUGGGAAAAGUGAAACUGCCUCAUUACCCCUGUAGUAUUAUUGUACCAGUUAUCCGGGUUUUUCUAUGUCCAUUCAUCCUCACAGGCAUUGAACCCAGCUCUUUUAUAAUGGCAUACGUUUGUUUUUUUGUUUUUACACUACAAAAAACAUGUUAAUAUUUCUAAAGAAAAUUGUAUCAUACAUGUUUAUUCAAAUUUUCUCUAAAUAUAUAUAUAUAUAUGUAAAAGUG